AUGUCGUUACCAUCUGGCUUUGGAUCAAAUCGACAGCGGCGAGUCCCCUCCUUUGGAUCCCAUACGGGUGCCAGAGUAAUACCAGGCAGUUCUGACUCUCAGGAUGGCGCAUCCAACGUAACUUCCGACACCACUUAUGGCUCGCCCCGGGGCAAUCAGGGGAUACUUGGCUCCCUCUCAUCUAGUCAUAGAGAGCCCACACGGUCAUCUGUGCAUCUCUCGUAUCGUGGAGCUCUAGGCAGGCUUGAAUCGCUAACGGAAGAAACAGCUCCAAUUGACAGCGCAUUGAAUGCGCAAAGCGUUCGAGAAGAUACCGCAGAGCUGGCAUUAUAUGCUCUUUCCGAUAGAGCCUCCGCACGCAGCACUUCACCCCGUCGAUCUGCUCAGACACAUUUCGAAUCGUUCUUUUCCAAUGAAUCCGACAGCGAGUCGGUCAUGAAUCGAGAAGCUGAAGCUCUUCACCAAGCGACUAUACCCGAAGUUUCUGAACCGGCCUCACCAGAAAAUAGCUCAGGAUCGGACAAGACGCCUGGGACCUCUGUGUUAUCAAAUAUGUUAAGAAUCUCUCCUCCGAGUACACCGCACCCACGCCAAGAAGAAGGCGCACUUAGAAAACCAGCUGUUACUGAAAAUGAAACCGAGACCAGCUCAGAUCGCGGAGGGCUUAUCAUAUCAUCAAAUGGCGUCCAACAGGAUGAAAGGACACCAUUACUGGGGAAAGGCCCCAUUGAACAACGCCACCACCCUGAUUGGAUACAUGGGGAGCAGGACCUUGAACGUCAAGAGCUGAGAAGGAAGGGGUCCUGGCCCAAGCUCCACAAUGUCAUACCGUCGUACAAAGGAAAAUGCUUGGAUGUUGCACGCAAUGUUUUGAACCCCAAAAAAUGGGACAGAACGCUUCUUUGGAAUUUAGCAGUAGUGGCACCCGUUGGAUUUCUCCCGGCUGUUAUUCUUGGCCUUCUGUUGAACAUUUUGGAUGCGCUGUCCUAUGGCAUGAUUCUUUUCCCUCUUGGGCAACCAACAUUCGCAAAGCUUGGCCCGGCAGGCAUCUCCAUGUUUUACGUUAGCUGUAUUAUAUCCCAACUGGUAUAUUCUUUGGGCGGAAGUAGCUUUACCGGGGGGGUUGGCUCUGAAAUGAUUGAGGUAGUACCUUUUUUCCACAAAAUGGCGUUUACGAUUCAAAAUGAAAUCGGAGAAGAUAACCCCAAUGCUAUCAUCGCUACAACUAUCACCGCUUUUGCCCUAAGCUCUAUACUUACCGGUCUUGUCUUCUAUCUCAUGGGAAAAUUUCACUUUGGCUACAUUGUUGGCUUUAUCCCAAGGCACAUCUUGACUGGAUGUAUUGGUGGGGUCGGCUGGUUCCUCAUAGCUACCGGCUUCGAAGUAUCUGCCCGUCUAAACGGUAACCUUAAUUACGAUCUGGCAACACUAAGCAAGAUGUUCGAGCUUGAAACUCUGAUAUUAUGGAUCAUUCCAUUCACUCUUGGCAUCGGACUUUACUGGCUGCAACAAAUGAUCAAGAGCAAGUAUCUACUUCCCGGGUACAUACUGACCAUACCUGCGAUCUUUUACUUCUUCGUUCUCUCUCUCAACAAGUUGGACCUUGAAACAUUGACAAACUCUGGAUGGAUCUUUGAAGGUCCGGAAUCUGGUCAGCCGUGGUGGUACUUCUAUACUUUAUACGACUUGAAAAUAAUUCACUGGGGUGCCAUAUUGAAGUGCAUACCGUCCAUGAUUGCACUUACCUUCUUUGGCGUUCUACAUGUUCCGAUUAAUGUUCCCUCGCUAGCUUAUUCGGUCGGAGAAGAUAAUUUGGAUCUGGACCGAGAACUCAGAGCGCACGGUCUCUCAAACGCGCUUUCGGGUUGUGCAGGAAGCAUACAAAACUAUCUUGUCUAUGCUAAUAGUACUCUCUUCUACAAAAGUGGUGGCGAUAGUCGUGUGGCCGGUGUCAUGCUUGCCGGUUUUACCUGCGGGGUCUUGCUAAUCGGUCCCGACAUCAUUGGACUCAUCCCGGUUAUGAUGGUGGGAACAUUGAUAUUCGAUCUUGGAUUCGAAUUGUUCCUCGAAGCUGUCUGGGUUCCGAGAAAGAAGCUUAAGCGAUUUGAAUACUUGACAGUGGUUGCAAUUGUGGUUGUCAUGGGCGCUUAUGACUUUGUAGCUGGCAUAGGCCUAGGAAUUCUCCUGGCUUUUGUGUCAUUCGUCGUGAAUACAUCGAGAAUUCCAGCCAUACGAGCAUCGUAUUCAGGAGAAAUUGUACGCUCCACAGUUCGCAGAAAUCCUACCCAACACAGCUAUCUGCUCCAAGUUGGAGAGCAAAUUCAUGUCACGAAGUUGGCGGGGUAUCUGUUUUUCGGUACCAUCGUCAGUGUUGAAGAGCGCAUUCGUGCUUUGGUUGAAGGUGAAGCGUUUAAUUUACGACCAAUUCGAUUUUUGGUCUUGGAUUUAUGGCAUGUGACCGGUAUCGAUUAUUCUGCUGCAGAAGCAUUCAAUCGUUUGAACAGAGUACUCAGCAAAAAAGAUGUCACAGUUGUGAUAAGCGGUGUUGACCAGAACGACCCUCUGGGCACUACACUGCGCACUGUUGGCCUAGGUAAUGAUGUAGGCAUGUUUCCAUCGCUCAACUCGGCAAUUGAGAUGUGCGAGAACGAGCUACUGAAAACACUGUACUCAAGCAAAGAUGCCCGCUCAGAUCGCCAUGCACCACUCAAUCUCGACGUACCAGGACGUGUUGGUUCGCCAGGUCGACGGCCAUCAACCUCCAUCGAUGCCCAGUUCAGCUCACCGCGACGCAAUCAAUUGGCAAGAGUAGCCAGCACCACCCUCGAUGAAAGCCCUACAGAAGCCAAAUACCAAAACUUCAAGGAACCCCUUCGACUUAUCCUACAAACCUUCUGGGGUCUUACAGACAAAAAUGAAGACUUCUGGUUUCGUGCCAUCCCAUAUUUCGUCAAGAAAGAGUACCUCGCUGGCACGGUUCUGUUCCACUGCGGUGAAGAUGCUCAAGGAUUUUAUCUCCUCGAAGAAGGUAUUCUGCGCGCCAACUACGAUUUACCCCAAGGCAAAUACUACGAAAGCAUAGUAGCAGGUACCACUUGCGGAGAGUUGCCCUUCUUCUCCGAUACCAGCCGCACCGCGACCGUCCAAGCAGAACGAGAUUGCGUAACAUGGCUUUUGGAUAGAAAGAACUGGGAUAAGUUGCAGAGAACCGAUCCAGAUGUAGCGAGAGAAUUGCUCAUGAUAUCCUUGAAACUGACCAGUGAGAGGAUGAGCGCUAUUACUUCAUAUGUAUUGACAACAGCGGGUUGA